AUGAUCGGGUUUAAAAAUUUUCUCUGGCCGUCCGGUUUCGCCCUGCAGCUGUUGGUUUGGAUAGGUUUCUGAGAGAAUUUAUCUUUUUUUUUUUGAUUGAAAAUUUGAAUUUUGAGCUAACUUUUGAGAAUUUUUAAUUCUUAACUUCCAUGCGGAUUUGUUGAAGGGCGCAGAACCUUCGCGAAAUCAAAAAAAUAAAUUCUGAAUCGGCUCUCCGCCUCGAGACCUUUAUUCAAAGUAGAAUAGAAAAUAUUUCAUUUCUUCCAGCUAUUUUAAAACACCUUCUCAUCAAGUUUCUCAUCAAUUUUGUUUUCCUAGUAUUUAAGAAAUUUAUCUAAGCACUUCAAAAUGAUCAAAAGUUAAUCCCAAACGCUUCAUUCUUUCUCUCCGCCCAUCCAUUUUCUUUCCAAAUCCCAAGGGAGCACUUAAGAAGCUUGCUGUGGGUCAAGCUUAAGCGGAAAUCGGCUAAAAAGCCACUAAUAUUUCCAAAAACGCCCAUUUUUUCAUCUUUAUCCCUUUCAUUACACGAUUUCACUCCUACUAUUUGCGUCAAUCGCCUAUAAAUAAGGUUUAAAAACGUUAAACGUGCCCGGAUCACGUUAUGAUUUUCUAAAUCUUGCUAUAGUCUGUUCGAAAUUUCCUUGUUGGGCUGUAGGAAGGCGCAGAAUGUACUUUAAUAACACGGAAAAAUUUUUCGCCGUUACUUUUCGUAUUUUUUUCUUUUUAAGUUACAUUUUUUUGAUUUAUGAUUUUUUUCAGAGAUCUCCAUAAAACGUCGGAUCGACGACCUGAAGCUCCGCAACCACGUCGCAUUUUAAAGACAGGUGAAAAAUAAUUAAUUUAUAUAGUCUGUGGGCCAUGACUUGAAAUUUCACCGAACGGCAUUCCGCUGCGAAUAUCGUUCGGUGAAAUUCCAAGUCGUCGCACACAGACUAUAUAUAUAUUUUUAAAGUUUUUUUUUUCAAAGUUCUCUCAUUUUUGAUAUGAUUGCUCGAAAUAUACGCAUUUUUAAUGAAAUUUCGGAUAAAAGCGGAAAAACUGUUUUCAAAUGGAGGUAUUGAUCUCGAACAAGUCGUCACAAAAUUUUUAACUUUUGAGAGUUUGGAAAAUGAAAAAGAAACAUUUUGAAGGAAGAUUUGUGCAGGAAACGCCACGCAUCGGGUGCAGGGAUGACGAGUUCCUUCAAUGAGCACCUGAGCGAAAUGCGCAAGGAACUCAACCAAAUGAACACCCAGAUCAUGCAAAACAAAUCGGAGCUGGAAAAAGCGAAAUCGGUUGGUUUUUCGGUGCGAAAUACUAAAAAAAGAAAUAUGAUUUGAAGCUUUUAUAACACAAAUAAAAAGCUUCGAAACUGGAAAAUCAGAAAACGCUCUAAAAACUAGGAGAUUUCGGUGGUAUGAAAAAAAGACCAGCGUAAAUUUGAACGGCGACUUUUCCGAUUUUUUCAUAUCGCCAGGGAACUUUCCGACGGUCACCUUUCCGACUUUUUUUCCCUUAUAUUUUUCGGUUUAUAAAACACCUAUUAAACAUUUUUCUCUUCUUUCUUUGAGUUUUAAUGAUGAAUAACUUGCCUACUUUAUAUAGGAAGGUUUAAAACGAAGAAUUUAUCGAGAAAAAAAAAGUCGGAAAAGCUUUCGUCGGAAAAUUCUCCGUCGGGAAAUUCUCUAGCGGUAUGAAAAUAUCGGAAAAGUCACCGUUCGAAUUUUCGCUGGUCUUCUUUUCAUACCAUUGAUAUUUCAAGUUCCCAGGGCUAGAUUUUCAUCAGAAAUGGGUGAUUACGGAAGGUUUCGAGGUCAAGAGAGUGAAAAGAUGAAAUAAAUUUUGGAGAGUCAGAGAUAAUUUUGCCUUUCGCAUAAAUUACUCUGACGUAUAUUCAGGCAUUAAUUUAUCUUGAAAAAAAUUCGAUUUCAGCAAUUUUUUUUCCAGGAAAUGACCCAAAUCCAGGCCCAAUUCCAACACGUCACCGAUCCCAAUAUGCAAGCGCAUGUCAGUUUUUUUGUUUAUUUUUUUAUUGUUCAUUGUGAUUUUAUUUUCGUCCAGAUGCAAUCCGAACUGACCAAACAAAUGGAAAUUGCGAAAAGGCUGGAAACCGUCGCGAAAACUUUCGUCCAAAUGGUUCCCGACAGCAAUUUGCAGGUGAGGUUUGCGAAUCUUGAGGGAUUUUCGGGAAGAAAUUUAAUAUUAUUUCAGUUUCGGCUCAGAGUUGUUGAAAAGCAUCAUUUAUCUAUUUUUUUGAUCUUUUUUUAAAAAGUUACAUUUUUUUGAUGCUUAAAAAAAGUGUUCAUAAGCAGUUGAACAGUUUCGAGUAUAUAUUAUUUGAUUUUUCUGCGUCAUAUUUAUUGAAAAAAAUGCUUUUUUUCUAUUAUUUUCUAUGUAUCCUUUAUUCAUACAACUCAAGCUUCGAAUUUUUGUAUAAAUUUUAAAAAAAUAUUUUUAAAAAAAUAUCUUUAAAAUGGGAAGUUUGUAAUGUUGACUGUGUGGUUUUUUUCGUGAACCGAUGCACUUCUCUUGAAAAUUUUUGAACCAAUCCUUUUUUGGAUGAAAAAGGGAUUUUUAUAAUCAUCUGACGUGGCAAAUACGGUUUUCAUCACGGAAGUGCACUCUUAGAAUCAAGAAAAAGCCGGCUUUCCCCAUAUUUUGCAAUAAAUUUAACAAGUUUCCAGAUGCAAUUCAUGAACGAGCUGGAUAAUACCGCGAAAGCCGCUCAGAUGAGUUUACAAAUGCCGCCGGGAAUGAUGGGCGGCCUGCCGAUGGCCAUGGCCAGGUGAGAGACGAAAAUAAGGGAAAGCUGACACUUGAAGACGAGCUUAUGUAGGGGAAGACUCGGAUUUGUUUUUUUUAUAUCUUGAGAUUUUUCGCUGUGGUAUAAGCAAUCAAAAAUAAUCCUUUAUAUAACGCCGUGUUCAAAAUGAUUCUCCCGAAGUUCAAAUUUAUCUCCGACUUUCCGAAAACUUGAAUAUUUUUUUCAUCCUAUGACGGCUAUUUUGAAAUUUGCGGACCGCUUUGAACACGGCAUGAGCUUUCGAGCCGUCUGAAAACAGGAAAGAGAAUUGUAUAAAGAAAGAAACAGCCUUGGAAACACAUUUGCAAGCACAAAGUGAAAUUAUUAUUUAGGAACGCCAGAGUGGUCUCUAUAGGAGUUAGGAGAAAAAACAGGCCUCAUAUACAAAAAAAAGUGUUCCCUAUAGGAGUUUAGCGUCUGAACCCUGGAUGCACGUAGGGGCACUUUUGCAAGCUGGAGUCACCCCCGUAAAGGGGAGCCUUCCUUGACCCCUGAUGUUGCCCCUAUAGGCACCACUAUGGCGUUCCUAAGUACAGCUUUUGGCCUAUCAAGUGCAAAGAAAGUUGAACGAACAUUCAUCGCUCUCAGAAACCCGAUGAUGGCCGGACCGAUGGGCGCGGCGCCGUCGCCUCGGAUGCCGAAAGCCAACGGAAUGCCGAAUGGGAUGCCGACGGCGAGUAUGGCCCAGCAGGCGAUGGCCGCUCAGAUGGCCCAGCACCAGGCCCUGGCGAUGGCGCAGAUGCAGGCCGCCGCUGCGAUGGGCUUCCCGAUGAUGCUGCCCGGGAUGGGCGGCAUGCCGAUGCCGCAGGCCAUGAACGGCCUUCAAGGGAUGAUGGCGCCGCAUGUCGCCGCGGCGAUGGCCCACUUGGGCGGUGCUCAGGUGAGAUUCACCUGAAAAAUCGGUUACAUGAUGAAAGAGCGUGUGGAAAACCAGCUUGGGAGAAAAACUUUGCAGUAGUUGGAAAAAAAAAACGGUUUGAAAGUGCGAUACACGGGAAAUACUUUCUAAUCAAAAUUUCGAAAAUUUUACCAUCAGAAAAAGAUAUUAAAUCUCUGUCCUCGGUAACAACGAAAGUGCCCCGAGUGUUUCUGAGCAUUUCAAGUAAUCUUAAGAGCGCUGAAGCCGCUAAAGAGAUCAUUUGAAGCUCUCAGCAACGUCCGGGGAGCGUCAAGGUUCCAGAUAGUCUCGAAGUUUUCCGUGGAGCACACAUUCGUACCAUGUUCCGCAGUAAGACAUUUUUUCGAUGAUUGGGGUAAGCCUUCGAAAAAAAGGUCCUCACACGAUAAGUAAAUAGACAGUGCUUAAUUAGAGGAGAGCGCAGAAAUGCCCGGAAAUUUUUCCACGUGGCUCGAUUUUCACAGUAAUUUCAUCAUCUAACUAAAAUAUGUAUUCCACGUUGUGAAAACGUUCAAAAGUAAUCACCCUUAAGAGCCAACUUUUUUUUUAGUUACGCGACGUCUUCCAGGUGCCGGCGAUCUCCGUCUCGACGCCGUCGCGCAAUCACUCGACGUCAGGCGUCGGCUCGCGGACGCGAACGCCGAUGACGGCGUCGGCGACGAACUCACCGAGGCCCGCCGAGCCGGCCAAAGAGACCGAAGAGCCGCUGAUGCCGUCGCCGACCCCGCCCACCCAGGUCACCUCCACGAACAACGAGGAGAACACCGUCGCGGUGGCUUGA